CCUUUAAUAACAGGGCAAAAUCAUUAAAAAAAAAAACAAAGAGUUCUGAAGGGGCCUUAUUAGUAGUACGUUGUCUACGUUGCAUUUCAAAUUGUAUUGAGGUGUUAAAUUUUAAAAAAUAAGUAUAUUUUUCGAGUUGAUGUUCAAUCGGUCGCUACGAUAAUAGCGUGCGAUAAAUUUCGAACGCAAGUUAUGACAGUAUAGGAAUCAGUGGUUUAGGUUAUGUUUCUUGUGGCAGAAUUAUGGCGCGCAUUUAAUGAUAUUUGUUGUCAUAAUUUUGUAUAAAUUUUACUACAAGUGUAAAGUAAACAAUUUCCACUUUUUUGCAAAUUUGCGUAAAAUUAAAAUGGAUUCUAUAGAAGAUUCUCAUCAAAAUCGAAUAGUCGAGUUGGUCCACGAUGAAGAAAAGCUUGUAACUUCUGCUUUAAUUGCAAAUGACCUUAAAAUAUCCCUGAGUGAAGCCACUACACUUUUGAAACAAUUUUUUGAAGAUUCUUCUAAAUUAAAAUUGGGAGAACUGCAUUCCACUUAUUUACUUUGUGGUUCUUUAAAGGAUAAUAAAGGUUCAGUGAUUUAUCUUGUCAAAGAUGAAGAUUUACAGGAAAAGAGGGAUCUGUUUAAGAAUAUUUCAUCAGAAGUUAUUUACAGUGUUCAGAAGGCAAAACAAAUUGAUUACAACAUGAUAGCUUUAACAAACACCUGCAACGACAAUUUUGCCGGUUGCUUGGUUAGUAAAAAUUGUGUUAAAAGGAAUGUUAAGGUGAAAACUCUGCCACCUCCACCAUCAACAAAUAUCAAGGAAAAAGGAUCAUUCUUCAAAAAGGUUGGGUCUCAGCCAAAACCAGCGACUGAAGUAAAUUUGAAAGAAAGUGGUAAAGAACCGUCACAGUCCUCACAAAAACAAAGUAAAGUCAGUUCUGUUAAACCUAAACAGAAUGGAGGAAUUGCAAGUUUCUUUGCAAAAGCUCCUACUAAGUCAGAGAAAGACAUUAAAGCAAAAAGCGAUGAAAAGAAGAAUGAAGAUGAAACUAAAGCUGGUGCAGCUGCAUUUAUUAAAAAAUCUUCAGAAGAAAAUACUGAGAGUAAUGAAAAAAUGGAUGUAGAUAUUGAAGUGGAAAAGCCAGUCGCGCAGAAGGUACAAAAUCAAAGUAAUAAGAAAAGGAAAAAGAGCAACAAAAAUGACCUUCCUAGUAAGAAGAGGAAAAGGAUACAGGAAAUUUGCGACUCAGAUAGCGGUAGUGAUAUAUUUGAAGAUGAUGAACGUGAAAAUAUUAUUGACGGAUCUGAUGAAGAACCUGUAGAGAUUCCUGUUACAAAAGCAACACCAGUUCCAAAAAAUAAAAAGAGGAGGGCUGUUGAUAAAACUUACGUUGAUGAGGAAGUUACAUCUGUUGAAUAUAUUUAUGAAAGUGCCUCGGAAGACGAAAAAGAAAUACCUAAAAAGGAAUUUCAACAAAAACCCAAGGUUUUGUCAGAAAAGCCAGAGCUUGAAAAAACAACUACAACAAAAGGGAAGAAUAAGAAACCAAUCAGUGGAAAACAACCAACGUUGAUGAGCUUUUUUAAGAAAUGUUAAUUAUUGUUGUAAAUGUGAAUUUGUUUUAACAAAAUAUUUACCCUAUUAUUUUUUAAGAAGUUCUGUAAUAGUA